CUCGCCGUUGCAUUCGAGUCUCGCAACAGAGAGCACAUCGCCAGCUCUCGCAAAAAGAUUCGUCUCCAUCUUUUCUCGCAACCCUGCCAGCUCAAACUACGGCAGCACAGCGCACUUCUUCACAGUCCGAAGUUGUUCGAAAAAUACUAGUACUUCAAGCUAUGUCGACCACUCGCUUUCUCUCGGCGCUUUUGGCGAUCCUCGCCCUCUCAUGCCUAGCCGACGCUCGAAAUCUCCAAGUUGUCAACCCCGCAACCCCUAAAACGACCACCCUCGCGCCGAUUGCGACCGCUCCCACCCCCAAGGGCAAGACCCCCGCGGCUCAGGCUGCACCCGGUGGAAAGCCGCAGGGUGCAGGCGGCGCAGGCGCAAUCCGCGGGGCGCCUAAGGCGCAUCCCGCCCCCAUCCCCGCGGGCUUCGGGGAGUACAAGGGAAAGGUGCUUGGGCGGCAGGUGACGCAAGUGGGGACUGUUCUCCGCGGGUCGUCCGUCGUCGGCGCAACACCCGGCGAUGCGGAAGCGACGGGAAAUGCGAUCCUGACCGUCUAUAAGAACGGGCUCAAGGUCAACAUUAAGUACGUCGUCUCUGUGCGACGUUUGUCCGUGGCGGGACCGCCGACCGCCGCGUCGAUUAACAAGGCCGCCAGCAACGCGGUUGGGCCCGCGGUGAUUAGCUUCGCAGGAGCUGAGUGGGUGGACACGACAGGUGUCGAUCGCACGAAGGCUGGCGCUUCCGCGCCUGCGGGUAACUACAUCAGCUAUGCGACGACCGGAGUGUGGGAAGACGUCGCCAAAAUUCGCACGGUCUCUGGCGAGCCCCUUUCGACCGCGUUCGCGAAAGUUAUGACUGCCCCGGAGAGUUUCUACGUGACUGUGUCGACCCCAAGUUUCCCCACCGGGGCAGCGCGCGGGCAGCUGCGCAAGGGCACCGGCGCAACUGUGCUUCCGCCCGGCCACCAGCGCAAGUGGGAGGAGAAGCAGAAGGCGGCGAAAAAGCCCGCCAACUGAUAAACCCCAUUUCUAACGAAAGAUUUGCUGAGAGGAUCCGAUCUGAUAACGCAGAAUCCCAGCCCUGCCAGCCUUAGUUUAGUGGAUUCAGUUAGCUAGCUGGCAUGCCAUCUUGCCAAGUCUACGACACGCGGUAUUCAGGCUGUGACUUGUUGCUUAUAUUUCUAACUGAGUCUCGAUUA